GGGCGGGAAACCAUUCUCCCCUACCUGGCGAGCAGCGGCGGGCGCGAGUGUGUGGAAACGGCGCCGCCGGCGAGGAAAGAGCCAUGGGCAACGCUGUGGCUCGAGAGGAUUUCGAGUGGGUUUAUACGGACCAGCCGCACGCGGACCGGCGCAAGGAGAUCCUGAGUAAACACCCAGAAAUAAAAACUUUGAUGAAACCAGACUACAACUUGAUCUGGAUAGUUACACUGAUGGUCCUUGCACAGCUGGUUGCUCUUUACCUAGUUAAAGAUUUGGAGUGGAAAUGGGUUAUAUUUUGGUCAUAUGUGUUUGGCAGUUGUCUUGAUCAUUCUAUGACUCUGGCUAUUCAUGAGAUUGCCCACAACAGUGCCUUUGGCAAUGGUAAACCUCUGUGGAAUCGAUGGUUUGGAAUGUUUGCCAAUCUUGUAUUUGGCAUUCCAUACUCUGUAUCCUUCAAGAGAUAUCACAUGGAUCACCAUCGUUAUCUUGGCGGUGAAGGAGUUGAUGUGGACAUUCCUCUUCCCAUUGAAGGAUGGUUUUUCUGUACUCGUUUUCGAAAGUUCCUUUGGGUUAUUUUUCAGCACUUCCUCUUUGUUAUUCGGCCUCUUUUUAUUAAUCCCAAACCAAUCUCUCGACUUGAAAUAAUGAAUUUGUCAAUUCAGUUUCUCUUCGAUGUUAUGGUAUACUAUGUCUUUGGAGUAAAAGCACUUGUCUACCUGAUAACAGGAUCUCUGCUUGGGUUAGGCUUGCACCCUAUUUCAGGACACUUCAUAGCCGAACAUUACAUGUUUUUAAAGGGACAUGAAACAUAUUCCUACUACGGUCCGCUUAAUAAGCUUACGUUCAAUGUUGGCUACCAUAAUGAACACCAUGACUUCCCUAAUGUUCCUGGAAAAAAUCUUCCACUGCUGAAGAAAAUGGCCUCUGAAUACUAUGAUCAUCUGCCACAGUAUAACUCCUGGGCAAAAGUGCUUUAUGACUUUGUGAUGGAUGACACUAUCAGCCCCUAUUCGCGAGUGAAAAGGCAUUUAAAAGGUGAAGUGAUACUGGAGUGAAAACCCCCCACUGCCGUAAACACCAAAGUCAGCCUAGUAGCUGGUGGAACGUUUUGUUUGAUCGAGAUGAAUUUGCUUUGUAUCUUGACCGGUUUGAACUAUGAGUAUAUGAGUACAAUCUAGAACAGGAUCUCUAGAACUAAACGUUCUCAUGUUCUUUUGCCAUAUAACUAUGUUUCAUGAUGUGUUUUAGUAGCUGUUGACUUGAACAUUGGUUUGUUCUUGUAAGCAUUUUAUGUUACAUACAGCAUAUGUACUUGUUCAGUUUUUUACACUUGCUGCCCAGGACACUAGCUUUUGCUGGCAAACCUUCCAAAUUAACUUCUUUUAAUACCCUAGAAUUGUUUUAAUUAGUGUAGUAGCUGACCAAAAUGGCUGGCUACAACUCCUCCUAGAUU